AUGGCAUCAAACGCUGGUGGUCUUGCAACCGAGUCCCCGCCGCAGAGCCACUUGAGUCUGGUCUCUUCUGCCAAGGUCCCGGCUGACGAGAUCGUGAGACUUGCUAAACGAAGACGCGAAUCUGAGUCCGUGUCACCGCCAUCUCGGGCUGCUCAGCUUUCCAAUUCAAUCGCAUCGCCUUCAAAAGUCGCCCGACUGUCCCUUGCGACGACGAACCGAUCGGCCGUUCCCCUCACUGGCGCCGCUGCCCUCGAAGACGAACGUCUGCAAAAGAUCGAGGAGCAGGCACGUAGUCCUCCCUCCACCAGCCCCAACCCAGCUCGUUCAGCACUUGAGUCUCUAAUGUCUGGUGUUGCUCAAUCGAUCAGCCGUCCCUCCGACGCCCAACUUGCUCCAACGGCGAAUAUGGAGCCCGCGGCGAAGGCGGCAACUGCGCUCUCGAUGGCUGCUGGCGGUAUCGCUCGCACAGAUGAUCGUGACCGCGACGAAGGCAGCCCACCAGUCACUACAAAUGCGGCACCGCCUGCUCCUGUUACAGAGAGUCCCGCGCCAAUGGAGCUGGAUCCGAACAAGAACGAUCAAGCACAAAGCCAACAAAUAACUUCAUCAGAUGAGAGACCACAGCCUGGCUCUUUGUCGUAUCCCGGCUCUCUACAAACGGUUGCGAACCUUGCAGACCCACCAGCUCGAGGCAUGAGCUUUCCGAUGCCAGGUCACGUUCAGAGCUCACCGACGUCAUCUAGUGGCAAGAAACAUAAGUGUCCGUAUUGCAGCACUGAGUUUACACGCCACCAUAAUCUCAAGAGUCACCUCUUGACCCAUAGCCAGGAAAAACCUUUCGUUUGCACUGAAUGUGAGAUGCGAUUCCGCAGACUCCAUGAUUUGAAGCGACAUGGUAAGCUCCAUACUGGAGAAAAACCACACAUUUGUCCAAAGUGUGAUCGAAAAUUUGCGCGCGGAGAUGCCUUGGCGCGACACAGUAAAGGAGCGGGAGGCUGUGCCGGUCGACGAGCCAGCAUGGGUAGCUUUGCUGAUGGUGAUGAGUUGGACGGGGCAAUCGGCGAAGGCGAAGACUCAGCCAUGUCAGGGGUCGCCUACGAAAAUGUGGAAGAUGAGGAUCUCAGACGUCAAAGUCUCCCUAGUAUGGGUGUACAACACUCCUCUGGUGAUAACUAUGGCGUGCAUUCUCGCACGUAUCCCCCUGCUGGUACGCGACCACCAGCAAGUGGGCUCUACCCGCCUAAUGUGAAUCAAAACCAAAUUGGCACAACGAGUUCAUCAAGCGUUCCGGAUAGCAUGGCGAGUAGCCACACGGCAAACACCAGCGUAUCUUCUAUUCCUGGCGGGAGCGGCGGCGGGGGAAUGUAUUCACAGGCCGGUAUGACAGAGAGCCCCAAACCUCUGAGCCCCGGGCUUCCGGGCCAUGAACCUGCGAAUCUUGCAAGGCAACGAUCCCCCAGUAUGUCUCAACAAUACCAACAGCAACAAAUGGGCAGGCGAGCAUCAGAAUUACAGUCACCACAUAGUGGCCAGUCGCGGCCGAAGUUGCCAGGGCUUUCUCACCCGGGCUUUGUUGCGCCGAAUUCUGGCAACUACUCCCACGGCCGCACUCCAAGUGGAGCUCAAUCUGCAGGCGAUAGCGGCAAUAUGUUUGCGCAAAGUGAUCCAAGCGUUUGGGAAUAUAUCCGAUUAUUGGAAGAUAAGAUCAAAUCGCUAUCAGACAAGGUUGUCUCACUUGAUCAGGAGGUUGUUAGCCUCAAGAAGCUUCUUGAUAAUCGGGAAGGCACUUCUACAACGUGA